AUGACUGCCGUCCGGCCCCGCAAGCACCCCAGCGCCGGUCGCAGUGCACGCGCGACAGCGGACGAACCCAUGGACAUCGACCCCUCUGACAGUGCAUCCCCGCCAGUCUCGCCGCUGGCCGGCUCCGCCGACGCGUCGGCCAUGUUUGACAAGCUCCUCGCAGACCUCGACGCAAAGUCCACCUACAAGGGAUACCGGCCCAAGACGAAGCGCGAGUGCUUUACGCGCUACGUCUUCCCUGGCCCUCCCGUCCCCGGAUUCACCCUUCCUCUCAACUUGAGCACGGCGGCGCUGCCUCCCCCGCCCAAGCGGCUUGCCGGCGCCGACGUCGAGCAAGCGCACGCCCGCCUGCGCACGCGCACACCCGGGACGGCGACGGCAUACAGGCUCAGCGUCCAGUACCAUGCGGGCAUCCACACCAUGCUCUGCGAGCAGGUCAAGCGCAUCCACGCCGAGCACCCGUAUGGCGACACCACCCCCCUUUCCCCGGCCGACAGGCAGAGCCAGCAAAUCGACGCCAUGGCCGUGGCCGAGUGGGUCCACAGCGCCGCCAAGCUCCAGAAAUCGGCGGGCACGCGCUCGCCCGACGAGCUCGUCGCGUCCACCGACGCGCUCAACCACCUCGGCGACCCGCUCAACACGUUUCUCGCGGACAAGAUCCACUUUACACCAGGCAGCAGCCCGCCAAAGCACACGCGCUGGGCCUGGCCGCCGACAAAGGACGCGAGCGACAGGACCGACUGGGUGUGUUAUUCCAACGGCGCCAAACGUGGUAUUCUCAAGUGGAAGCACGCGGUGACCGACUACGACAUGGCCAGCGUGCACGCCGCAGCAUCUGGCCCUGCCACGCGCGUGGCCGGUGGCAACUGGCCGCUCGACGUGCACCCGGGCUUUGAGAUCUGGUACGACGCCGACCACGGCCGCGUCCUCAACGACGGCAGGGUGAGCGAGAAUGGCGUCGACGCGUGUCUCCUGGCCUGGUCCGACUCGCACCACUACCGUACGCGCUGGUCCGUGCUGUUCAACGGCCGCACCGCGCUCGUCACGUACCUCGCCAAGCCCGACACGCUGUUCGUGACCGAGCUGAUCGGAUGCGAGGACGGCAAGCACACGGACGCACUCACGAUCGCGCUCGUCCUCUUCGCCAUUGCCACGCUGGACCGCACCGCCCGCCCCACCGUCUCGAUGAUGACCGAGGCGAUCAAGUGGCACCCCAAGCCGGCGAGGAUGCCCCAGUUUGUCGUUGACGGCAGUGGCGGCGACAAGUGA